AUGAAGGACACUAUAAGAUCGUAUGAGUUUGUGAAUGGUGUUUCACAAGUCCUUAUAAGCGUUAUUUAUCCUGUUCUCGCAUUAUUUUUGAUCUACGAAGUGAGAAAAUCGGCAAAGUUUGCCGCAGCUUCUCUGAGCAAAAAGAGCUUGGAUGACAGAAAUCGAGUCGGCAGAAUGAUUCUUGUCAUGACAGUAUUCUACGUGAUAGCAAGUGCUCCAGGAGGGGCUUCUGACUUUAUUGAACUAUUCGUCAUUGUUAAUUCAUUGUCGGUACUGGAAAUUCUUGUCGCAUACGGAUCGAUAAUGACGUCAGCAUUGUUUUGUCUGAAUGCAACUUCGCAUAGCAUCAUCAACUUCACAAUGUCUUCUAAAUACCGUGCAACAGUGAAGUCAGUCCUGGAGUAUGGAAAGAAAGAUGUAAGAGUGGUUACUGUGUAG